GCGAUUGAGACCCCUCCCCUCACCGCCGCCCCCCCCAGGGAGUCUGCGGAUGAAGAGAAAGUCAACACAGCUCACUUCCUCUCACCUCACCUCCCGUUUCCUGUUUUCCAAAGUGUACAUUUUGAUACAAAUUCGGUGCUUUUUAAUACAAAUAUCUUGUUGUAAGUGUUUUUAGCUGGAAGGAACGUUAGCCGGUAGCGCUCGAAACACGACGAGCGUGUUUGUUGACAAGUCGCGACUGGUUUCGACCGGUCGUGACAUCAUCUCGUCCCGGCACGCGACCUGUAAUUAUUAUUAUUAUUCUCGAUCGUUGUUGCGUCAUACAGACGAUGACACCGCGUCUGAAGUCUACGAGGACGCUGCACUUUUCUUCACUGGCGACGUCUUCCACAUCCCAAACAAAAACAAGCAGGCGGCCUUCAUCGAGAUUUCUUUCUGCCUCACUUUGUAUUUUUUUUUUUGGGGGGGGGGGGGGGUUAUCUUUCGGCGGUGGAGCUUUGAAAAAGCAAACUUGCCGUCCAGCCGUGCGCCGAGCUCGCGACCUCUGUCGCCUUCGCUUCCUGUCACUCGCACAGGAAGUACAAAGGAGGACAGGAAGCGGAUACAGAUGAUUCUCAAGCUGACGGCUCAGAGGAGCGUCGAGGACGCCGAGGAGGUCGAGCGAGAACGCAGGCGGCGGGCCCGGGAGGACGUCUGCCGCGGGAAGUGUGACGCGGCGCCCGCGGGCCACGUCGCCGACCGCGCCCACGACGACCGCGCCCACGACGACCACGCCCACGAUGACCACGCAUUUGACGGCGUGCAAGCGAAGCCCGGCGGCUCGCCGUCUCUGGAGGAGGACGAAGGCUUCAGCGACUGGACGCAGCGCAGAGAGAUGAGGAGACAACAGCGCCUCCUGGAGGUCGCCGGGGGAGGACGGGACCGCGCAGAGGAGGAGCGCAACAGCGCCACCUUGGAAGGCACGUCCGCGGGGUCCGGCGCGUCUCGGUCCACUCGCGUCCGGCGUGACGAUGAAGACGAAGACGGCGAGACGGCGGAGUCGGACGACGCCAGUCAGGUGGAGGAAAGACAACAAACGCAAAUGUCGUACAUGUCUGAAGUUUUCCUUCUCCGAGAUCCCGAACCCGAUGCGGAUGCUGCCCAACAGGAAGUGACAUUACAACCCAGCAACCAAUCAAAGAGCAGGUCCCCCGGGUACAUGCUAACAUGCGAGACACUGACAACAUCAGCAUUAGAAUUAGCACGUUUGUCAAGCGUACGAUAUGUCAGGUGCGGCGAGGCGGAGAAGAUCCGCCGCGGCCUCCUGGAGGAGGAGAGCCAGGAGCUGGAGCAGCUGAGGCGUCGCCACGCCCAGGCCGAGCGCGAGCUGGACGAGCUCGGCGGGGGGAGAGAGCUGAGGAGACGCCUCCGAAGCGACGAGGAGCGACGGCGACAAGAUGACCAACGGCAGCGCGUCGCCAAGGAGGAGGAGGCACGUCGGCGCACGGAGAGGAGGAGGAGGGACGCGGCCGAGCGGGUGAAGAGCUCGAGCGACGACGGCGGCGCCGAGGCCUUCGGCCCCAUCAAGACGCCCACGCACAAGAUCACAGAGAGGACAGAAUCCCUCAACCGCUCGCUGAAGAAAAGUAACAGUUUCAAAAAGACGCCAGCGCUCGUCCUCGCCAGCAACAUCGACGACAAGAUGGAGCAGUACGCGCACGCCGUGGAGAACUCUCAGGAACCUCGUGGUUCGAAGGCCUCGGUGGCGGACCUUCCCAACUCGCUGGAGGCCGUCACCUCCAAAAAGAGCUUGUUUGAGGCCGGUGAGGCGUGGACCAGCAGCCCCCCCAAAACAACUUCCUGUCGGGAUGCUGAUGGCUUAAAGGUGGGUGUGGCCAACCUGAUCACCCAGUGGGUUAAGGGUCAACCCGACGGCGGCCGACCUCCGCAGAGCCGAGCGGCGGAUGUGAAGUGUGGGGAUGUGAUGCAGAAGAAGAACAUGUGGGAGGUUAUUGGAGAUUCAUCAGGGAGGUCCGCCGCAAACACCAAGGGCUCAGGAGCAGUGAGUAAGAAGUUCAAGUUUGUGGUGACAGGACAUGGCAAGUAUGAGAAGAUCUCUGUGGACCAGGAACAUGCGAUGAACGGAAAGUCUGAUUUCUGUCCAAGAGACUACUGAGGUGGUCUCCUUUCGCCAGCUUGCCCCCCCCCCCCCCCCCCCGCCCAAAAAAUAAAUAAAUAAACACUGACCUCCCCCAACACUUUAUCAGACUUAUUAAACAUCAUACGUAGACAAUCACGUAGUUGUUAUGUGCCGUGUUGUUUAUGUACGGUAUCCGCAGACAGCUAUUGUUUAGCAGUGGUACAGUUAGUCGUACGUACAUUUAUUUCUUUGUUUACGUCAUUUACAAUCACUGUACAAGCACUUCCUGUUUGCUGUUUCCUGUCUGUUUACCUUUCAAUCAUUGAGGCCUUUUUGUUUUCCUCCUUAAAACAUUUAUUGCGCUUGUAUGACUUUGUACUUCCCUUUUUAAGUCAAUAAAAAUCUUUUUUUAUACUUUU